CCCAGAUCUUGGGCAUGUUUUUAGAAGUCCGCCUUGCUGAUUAAACUUUCUUCCUUUGGGAUUUCUACGGGUUACAGGCUGUAGGAGGAGGACCCUGGGGAGCCCCUGUAGCCACACAAUGGUGAGGUUGUGGGAUGGAUGCCCUGAGAUGGGUCGGGAGGGGAUGGGACUCAGGUCCGGAUGGAAGACAGGAAUAGCAAUGGCGGCUGGAACCGCUCUACCAGCUCUCGUGUCAGUUCCCCAUUCUCUAGCGCUGUAUACAGUGAGUUCCUCUUGCCUUGGCUAAAGCAGAUACAUUUUGGGUAAUCAGCACCAUAGUUUUUCCAUGGCCAUGUUGCCAGCCCAGAGUGCAUUCUCAGGCAGCCACAGCCCACUGCCGGGUCAGCAGCUGUAGAAAGGAGUGGGAGUUGUGGGGGAGACUUUGUUAGAGGGAAUGAGCUGGGGGAGCUGUGGUGUGCUGUUUCUCUGAUCUCAUUCCCUGAUGUUUGUAUUUUACCUAAAAUUGAACUCAGGACUUCUGCUCAGAAUUGGAUUCCCCACACUUUUCAACAGUUUCUUUCUAAAAUUUGAGAUCGAGUCUCACUAGGUUACCAGGCUGCAUUGAAUCGUUUUGCUUGAUUCUUUGCGGUUUUUUGAUUUUUUUUUUUUUUUUUUAUUUGAGACAAGGUCUUGCUAUGAAGUUCAGGCUGUGCUGUUGUUGUGACUCAAAAAUGAGGCAUCAUCCAAAAAAAAAAGCGCUUUAAGCUGGUACUCAGCAGCACAGUCGGGUUGGAAUUGCAGAGCUGUGCAACUAGGUUAGGUCCCUGGGAGGUUUAUGAAGGGAAAAACCGCAAAACAAAGAGAGGGGGCAGAGGGGGAAGAAGGUCUUUUGUCUCCUUAUUUGACUUGGAGACAAGUUUCUUAGCUUUACAGGAUAUUAACUUGUGGUCGGCUAGUUCCAGAAACAAGUUGCUGUUCUCAGAGCGGGGAAGUUUACGGGAAAGAGAAGUUGGAACAAAGGUCAGGGUAACGAAGCUUACAAAACAGGAUGGUGGUACUUUGGUUAAGUUACAACAGCUGGAACUUAGUGUGUAGUCCAACCUAGCUUCAAAAUCAGGCGAUCCUUUUGGCUAGGACUGGCACUGGGAAUUACAGACACGCACCAUCUCACCUGGCUUGCAGUGAACUUUUGAACUUGUCUCCAGCAGUACUGAGAUGGCAGACAAGUGCCACCCAAUCUGGUUAAGAUGGGGUGCUCUAUCACCACUGAUUUUCAUUUUCAUUUUUAAACCACCCCUGUUGACCAGCAUUACACUCUUGUUAAAUGAAAUUUCACUGAUGCAUUGUGAUGUCCAACUUGCAUCUCAGCCAUUUGGGACACUGAGGCAUGAGGAUAGCUAUACCAAGGCCCAUCUAGAAAGUGGAGCAAGACCCAGUUGCAACAUAAAGUAAAAAUACUUGGGGCUGUAUCUCGAGUCUAAAGGAACCUGACAACAUGCAUGGGACCCUGAAUUUAAUCUCCAGUACUGAAGUAGGAAAAAAAUGACAAGCAUUCUGUUUAAAAUGCACCUGAAUUAUUGCAUUUCAUUCCCUUUGCACCAUAGGGAUAUGUGAUACAAUACUUGCUCAAGAUGCUGAGCAGCAGCUGUGAGUCUCUGCUGGUCAGCAGCAGCAAACCAUGUGAAAACAGCUGGUAGUUUCCGAUGUACUAUGUUCAAUAAAGGCCAUGAGAUAUUUAAUGUCUUACUAUGAAACUUGGUAUGUGUUUCAUAGAUUUUUCUCCAAUACAGAUCAGUGUAAGUAUGUUGAGCUGUUUUAAAGGAGCCAAGGCUUAAUUAUGUUUGCUAGACUAGAUGUACUCAAAACAUUUUCGGUAGCUUUUAUUUUCAACUGACUUUAGGUUGAUCAAGAUAUUUUCCCUUGGUAACUCAAGCAGCAUUUAGUGGACUCUUUGGUAAAGUGUUUCUCUGUAGAAUAUGGAACUGAUUCAAUAAUUUCCUUGUGUUGAGAGCAGUAUUAAUCAGGGUGUUAGGAGAAACCUAACUGCAACACAUGAGUAGUGUUUGUAGAAAAGAGCACAAAUUUUGAGUUUGCUUUCUCUUUUUUGCUGUGGUUUGCUUAGAUUCACAUUUUGGUUUGGUUUAUUUAGAUUUUGCUGUUUUGUAUUAUAGACAGGGGCACCACUCUGGUCAUACUGUGUAGUCUCCUUCAGCAGGGCAAGGGGACAGGAUAGAAACUGUCAGCACACCCAGAGAAGAGCAGUUUGACAUAAGAUACCAGCAGUGUACAAUGCUGAAGAGAAGAGAUGUGUAUGUGUAGAUUGAAUUGAGGCUGACUGUAAAAACCAUUCUCCCUGCCUAAGCGCUGGUGCAAGUGUUUGGCUUUCUCCUCUAUCUUUCCUACUUUCCCUUCCUUGUAAGUAAGGAAUAUGUCUGUCAAGCUGGAUGGCCUGUGGGGAAAGAAGGGCACAGCUGAGAUAAUGCUCCGCGUUCAGUUCAAGCAGUGCCUUAGCCUGGCCUCUGUACCCUCCCCCUUUUCCCCACCAGGUCCUUGAGUGUCAACAUAAAACACCCAGCGGUGAAGACUUCAGUAGACUCUUACUGUAGUGGCAACAGAAAGGCAAAUAGGGGGAGCACAAGAAGAACGAGUGUGCAAGUAUAAACUGGGGCUUAUUUGGGUAGAGUUACUCUGCUUGGCUUUGCGUUGCAAAGAUAAAGAUGGCAGCUCUUGGGGUCAUCAUUUUGUACUGGAAUGUAUUGUUCAGGAACUUAUGUGUGCACUACAUCAGCUACAACAGGUUUUCCACCACUAGUGACUCCCUAGUUCAGAAAAAUGUGAUGGAUCAUGACACCUUCUUUUCCUUUUCUAAGGCUUUGGGAAAGCAGGCUUUUCCAGUUGUCAGUGAUAUAAAUACACAGCAGGCCUUCUCUUUGUUCUGCUCUAGAAACAAAUUUGAGAAAAUACCAUACAUGCAGUGUGUGUCCAUUUAAAAAAUACACUGCCACAGCCUGAAGGCUGUAAAUCCUUAUUCUAAUAAUCUUCAGCUCCAGAAUUUUUCUAACAGUGAAUUUUAUGGAUUUCAGUUGAUAGUCAUUUUUCCCCUAUUUUUUGUAUUUUCUUCAUUUUUGACCUUUACUGUGAAUUACCUCCUUAUAUGACGUGUUCAUAUUUUGAUGGGAAGUCUUUUUUUUAAUUUUUAUUUUUUGGUACCUGGAAUCAAAGUCAUGACUUUGUGCUUGCCAAGUAGGCGCUUGUAGCACUGAGCUAUAUCCUUGGCUCCUGAGGGCUCUUUGUUUUUAAAACUCUUUUCCCGUUAUUUGGCCUUUGGUCGUGACUUUUGAGAAUGAAAAUACUUUGUAUGAUUUUUCAUCUGUAAGUUAAUAUCAUUGUCUUGUUGAACAGAAAUCCUGUUACUUUUUUUGCAUCUUUUCAAAGUCACUUGAACAUUUAUGGAUUUAUACAUUUAUUUCUGAUAUUUUCUUUACUUCUAGAUCAGAAGUCAUUUUCUUUUAUUCCUGCAAUUUACUGUUUCUUCUUUGGUACUUUGGUCUUGUAUCUAUAUUUGGCACAGGUUUUAUAUUUACAAUGCUAAAACUUCAGCUUUACUUAGCUUCAAAAAUGCACAGGUUACCACCUUAUGUGGAUGAUCUCUCACCUCUUCCUCUUGAUUUUUGUAGUCAGCCAUAUCAAACCUCAGUUUAGGGUAAUAUAAAAAAUAUUUUGAUAUUUUUAAUAAAUUUCGUGUCCGUGUAUGUUGAUUCAUGUUCACAACUAAAUGACUGUAGCUAUCCUGUGUCCAAUGAAAUGGAGAGGAAAAUCUAUUUUUGAAAUUGAAAUUUGAAAAAUAUAGUGCUGUCUUUUGUUUUUCAAAAGACAUUCUAAAAGUUUUGUCACAUUUGUAGUUGAUUUUUUGGUGCUAUAAAUGUAGUUUUAUGAAAGAUAUAAUAUGAAGAAUUUAGAGCAUACAAUAUCAAUCCAUUUCUGCACAUUAUCUUCUACAUGUUGAGAUCUUCUGCAGUGUUGUGUGAGUUUUUUGUUUUUGUUUUUUGGAUCUUUGAGACCAGUUAUCAUUUUGUAGCAUAUGUGAUGUUAAACUCAUUGUGUAGUCCAGACUGACAAACUGGGGGCUCUCUUCCUGCUUCAGACGUUCAACUCCUGGCCUUACAGACCUGAGCUCUAUGCUUGGCUUUGGAAAUUUAUUAUUUAUUUAUUUUUUAAUAAACUAGAAUGCACUUAGAUGUGGCCAUGGCAUUUUUAAGACUCAGGUAUAACUGUUAUUUUAGUGAUGGUGGUAAACAAGACAGUAGUGACACUAUUCACACAAUCGAUUCAGGAUGAACAAAUCUUUUUUAUCCACAUAGUUCACCAGAGUGCUUGGCAUUUUCUCUCCAGGAAGGAAAUGUAAUGGUUUCUGUUGGUUCACAGGUAUGUGAAGUUUGUGGUCCUUCUUCAUCUUCUCAUGUCUCAGGUGGUUUGAGUUUUAUCCUGGCACGCUGAAUUCGACAGUCUAUUUCUUGCAUCUUACUGGCAAAAGGAGUAGUUAAUAGUAGUAUGAGAUCUUGUGUUAGGCAGUAUUUUCCUGAUGGCUUUGCCACAGGCUGGUUCUGAAGGUCCCCCAGGCUAAAACCCCUUUACAACAAAUAUGCAAGUUCACUGACUCCUGUUAUGCAAAAAGAACUUUCAGGAUGUAUCAGGAAAAUAUUCAUAGGGAAGAUUUAUUAAAGAUAGAUGUAGGACAAAGUCAAGAGUGGAGUAAAAAUGCUAAAAGAAAUGAGACACAAUACAGUUGGGGACUGGUGUCCUUUAUGUUUAGGGAGGUGGAAAUCUAUAGAAUUUGAUAAUCUGUAGUGGUAGUCUUAGCAGGUAAGGAUGGAUAAGGAUAGCCAGGCCCAGAAAAAUAAUUGUCUGUUCCUUUGGAAAAUUCUAGAAGGAUGGUCUGUUUGUGGGUGAAAGCAGAUCACUGGCAAGUAAAAGGGAAUGGGCAGACCCAUUUGUAGAAGAAAGGGAUUUGCCCAGGUUUGCUGUUUUGGGAGAAGGAAAAAAGUAAACAAGGCUUGUGCUCCAAGUCUGUAGUUUUUCUUUGAACUACAGUUUUUAAAGUUUUGAUUUCCUUGUCUUCUUUCUUUAUGCAGUUCUUGUUUGUCCUGUAUUUCAUCAUGAUUAUUGGAAUAAGUUUCACCAGCCAAUAGGCUUAUUUUGAUUUUUGGGCUCAGUUGGAGAUUUUUUUUUUUUUUUUUUUUUUGAGCCUUUUCUUAAUACAUGGAGCUGAUUGACAAAGUAUUGUCUGGAAGUAAUCUGACCUUCUCUAGACACAGAGUCUAAAUGAGUAUCUUUGUGGAGGACCUAUUCAAGCCAAAGCAGAAAAGCAACUAGGUUCUCACUGAGCCCCUGUGUAACAGACCUGAGUGUUUUGGCAUCAGCUAAAAUGGCUUUGUUAGGUUCUCUCCUUUGGUGUUACGUUUUCACUCAGGCCCUUCCUGAGACCCAAAUGCAGUUGUGCAGAGUGUGAAGCUGCAAAGGCUUUGUUAGGGUAUUCUGGUGCAAUAGAGAAGCAAAAGUACAAAAUGAACAGGUUUAUUGAGUUAAGGACAUGGAAAGGAACACACAACCCAUGGCACCUGGGCUGUCUCCUUCAACAGGAUACAGAAAGGCAGAGGGCUAUGGGACCUCUGAUUGAAGUGGCACAUGGGGCAGACAUGGAUGAUUUGUGAGGAACCGAUUGGAAUUCUCUGUGCCUGCAAACAGGAAGGGGAGCUGCAAUUAGGGCUGAGGAAGAAGCAGGAAGUGGUAGGCGUUCCCGCUUAGGCCUUCCACAAUGGGAUAGACCACCUCCAUAACUGUACAGUAAUUUAUACCAGGGCAAGAACCUUUCAGGCUUUAUCCUUAGCCAGCUUUGAAGCUUUUAUAAUCCUUUGCCUUGGAACUUUAAUUGUAUGUAGUAUUUUUCUGUAUGAAUAAGUUGCAGAUAUUAUAAAAGAAUGUCUUGAAAAGUUAUAAUAAAAUUCUAUAUAUAAAUGCAUGAAAGUAUAUGACUAUUUGUAGGUGUUAAAAUCCCUUCUUUAAGUUAAAUGUGAGGAGGAUUUUCUUCUGUGAAAACUGGCUGAAAUUGAGGAAAGGAGCAGAGUGCAACGUGUCAUCUCUUUUCAAGGCUGACAUUAAGUUUUUACAAAAAUUAACAAAAAUUCAGUCUUCUAAUUAAAUGUAUUUUCUGUUUGUUCGUUUUCAGACAGGGUCUUGACUUUGUAGUACAGGAAUACCUUGAAUUUGCUAUGAAGCCACAGCUGGCUUUGAACUCACAACAGUCAUCUGCCUCAGCCUGCGCAGUGGUGGGAUUUAAGACCUGUCCGCCAUGCCUGGCUAGUUCAAUGUAUUUUUCAAAAUGUAGUUGUUCCUGAAAAUGUCCAUGAGAUUCACACAUCACAGGCAGCUGCUUACACCACUGAGCUAAAUCCCAGCCCGCUGUUUUAAAAUUUUUAAUAAAAAGCUUUUAGAACAAAUUUUCUAAUUAGAAAUGUUUUGCUCAAGAUUUACACUCUCAAGAUGUAUGGUCAAUUUAUAAGAGAAAUAAUAACUUUCAUGUUAUUAUACAAUUGUCACCCCACACAUGGAUUAUCAGUUACUUAAAACUUGUUAAUACAUAUUUGUGUCCCAAACUUCCAUAUGGAUGUGAACCCUGUAUGUAUACAAAAGAACAUAUCACAUACUUGAGAUGGAAAGAUUUUAUAAUUAUAUUUUUAAAAAUCAUUGUCUUAAAAUUUUUUUUCUGGAAAAAACUCAUUAUUAAACAACUCAAAUUUUUAAUCAGAAUAAGGAGUAAAGUAAGAGCACUUUAUGCAUUAGAGAAAAAAGGAAGCCGUCAGCACCUCUUUAAAGCUAUUUAUGUUAAACUGUAUAAACAAACCAAGCCAGGCAGGAUGGUUGUUGCAACUAGCCUGGUUACAAAGUGACUAGCCUGGGCUACAGAGUAAGCUUAAGGCCAACCUGAAGUAGAUAGUGAGACCUUGUCUCAAAAAGACAAAACAGAACAAAAAAACAAUAGCAACAACAAAAACCACAGUAAUGACCAGACAAGCCUCAACUAUUAAAUCAUUUAGAGCAGAUUUUUAAAAGCCAUACUUAGGAUAUUAAAUGAGUUCUGCUUAAUAAACUUAGUAAAUGUGCUUAAUAAGAUAAUGAACAGAUAUAACCCUCACUCACUUUGAAACUCAUUCUUUAUUAACUUGACCUAUAAUUUCACUAAAGGCCUUGUGCUUUUUUCUUCUCACAAUUUAAUAGAAAAACACAAUUUGUGAGAAUCAAAAGAUUGUAUACUAUCGAUAAACUUAUACUAAUUGACACUGACAGAAACAUUCCACCAAAACAACAGGGCAGUAGUCACUGGUUUCAAGUGUAUGUGGAAGAAAAGCUGUAUUUCUCUGUUUUGAAAUUGCAGCAUUUCAUUUUGAUUUCUGCUUUGUUUCUGUGCUUGUCAGCUGGUGCUAUUAGGAAACAUAACACCAAUUGGAAACUGGUAAACCAACUGUCAAAUCUAAUUAAUUUGGGAGGUGGAAGGAAACAAGUCUGUUCACAACAUCACUUGGUUUAUUAUUAUAUGAAUAAGGACUUGGUGGCUGAAUUCCAGGAUAAGUAUUUAAACUGAAAGCAUAAAAAGUCUUCACAUCUACAAAGGCAUACAUUUUUAUGCCAUAGUUGAUCUAUCACUUUCCUUAAGGCUUUGACAUUCCCACAGUCUCCAUGAGAAAUCUCAGCUAAGCAGAGCAGACCUAUAAAUUCUUUAAGUUCAGCUGGUGAGAUAUCAUAAUAAAUACAUUUUUGAUUAUGACUGUUCAUGCAUACAAAAGGAUUUACUUGCUUUUCAGCCUUUGUAUAUUUCAGCAUCUUGUAGCAUUUUAUCUGUUAUAAUUUCCAACAUUGAAUAGCAGUGCUGGGAUUCUACACAAUAUGUUUCAUCCUACCAAGGGACUAUUUAUUUUUGGACCCAGACUUGACAUUGGAUGGUAACAUUGGGUUGUGUGACCAUUUGGCAACAUUUGGACUAAUCACAUGUGUACUCACAUUGCUGUUUUGUCUUCUGGAUCAAGGAGAUUUGUAUCUGUAUCAGUUGAUCCUUGCUACAUUAUACUGUCACAGGAACUUUGGCUCACAUGACCAGUGUCACAGUCAUCAUUAUCAUCAUCAUCCAUCCAUACCUUCUGUUCUGAAAGCAAGCAUUUUGUCAUAAUCGAUCAUCUUCAUCAUCCAUGCAUGAGUUAUUUGAUGAUUCAUUUCUGACCUCCUUCAAAACUUGUACAUCCAGUUUUUUAAGUGCCAUUGAACAGGGCUACUUCUGCCAGAAAAAUAAAAGCUUUUUUAAAAAAAACAAAUCUGGUAGUGGUAUGGGUCUCUGGGAUCCUCUGUGAUGGUUGGGUAAAUACAAAAAACCAUUUGGAGCAUAAUAUGGGUAAAAAUCCUGUUUGACAAUUUUACACACCUGCACACACCUUGUUGAUGUCAUACCAAGUGGGUAAACACAAAGAUUGUUUUCAGUAUCCCUCAGGGAAAGGUACUGAGACACACAGCUGGCUACUAUACUAAAGCACAAAUGUACAGUUACAGAGUACCAAGAGGUGAGCCCACGGGAUCUAGUGCAAUGCUCCUACCCACAUCGUGUCCCCCUGUCUCCUGUCACCUUGUCUAGACUGAAAAUCUACUCCCAACAUUAGUGUGGCCUGCUUUCCUGUAUUUGGCACAGAGGACCUAAAUUUCCUACUUUGCUUUUCUGCCUUUCUGUCUUUGGAUCUAAUUGGGUCAUGUUUCCCAUCCCUUCUCCCAAUCUUUGUCUUUACAGUACAGUUCCCCUUCACCGGAAGGGUAUUGCACAGGAAGAGUGUUUGGUACCGGGGAUCAAACUCACAACCACACACUUGCAAGGCAGGUGCUUAUGCCGCUGAGCUAAACCCCUGGCUCUGGCCUUGUGUCUUGUCCUUGCUCUUCUGCACUACUAUAUUUGAGUUAUUCUUUUUGGAGUUAGUGGGUUUCUCAUCUGUGUAAAAGAUAUAAAUAAUGUAAAAAAUAUAAAUAAUUUCUUUGAGGAUGCCAUGGGCACUUUACAUUGAAAAUCCUAAGGUCACAACACACUGGUGUGAAUCUGGGGAAGCUAAACCUAACCACACAAAAUUCUGCUCCACAGUUGGGUGAGUGAGUUUGUAGCUUCACUGACAUAUGCCACAAACUGUGUCUCAGAAAAUACAGUACUGUUGGGUGUGUUGUUUACUUUUUGACACAUGAGGCUCUAACGUGGAAAAUAAAAUUAGCCUUGAUAUUUGUAAAUGUCCACCUAUUUAGCUUUAAAAGAGUUACUUCUUCAGACAGGUUUGAGUUCCUGUCAAUUUUUUUCUUCCCUGAGGUAGGGUCUAGCCAACCUGGCCUUGAACUCACAGUGAUCUUGCUUCAGCCUGCUGAGGGUUGGGAUUACAGGUAUGCAACACCACACCUGACUCUUUCAUUUCAUCUUGAAGAAACACUCUACCCACGGACGGCCUAGUAGUAAAGAACUGCAUCCUUCAAUGCUUGUAUCUGAAACCAUCUGAAUUUCUCCCUCAUUUUUCAAAGACUUUUGCUGCAUGUAAAAUGCAUAGUUGGGAGGACUUUUUGUUUUCCCUCACUGUUUCAUUCAAUAUAUCACAUGUCAACCUGUUUGCUUCUGCCCCCCUGUAACAGAAAAUGGUGCCCCUCAGCCAGUAUACUUGUUUCUUAAUUGAAAGGCUCUGUUCUUAAUGUGUACAGUUUUACUAAUUUACUCAGUUAUUAGAGAUUAGAUACCUUUUAAUUUUAUAUCAGUGUUACACAGACAUGUAUAGACAAAACAUUCUAUGAAAUAAAUUAGUAGACCCAAAUGUACCAUUUAUGCAUUUUAAGAAGCAAAGCAUAUAUGAAUUUAUCCUUCAUAAAUGUCUUUAGUGUUUUAUUAUAAAUAACUUAGAUAUUUUACAUACAUAGCUAUCUAAUUUUCUCAUAUUUAUAACUGUGGUCCACAAAAUCUAUAACAUCUGGCAAAAAUAGUUAUUGACCUAAAACAACUUCUAAAAUAAUUUAACAGUUAUACUUAAUACUCGAAACUUGACUCUACAUGUGCUAUAACUGGAAGCCAUUUUUUAAAUCUGAGAAGAGAUUUGUGGGGCUUUUGAACUUGAACAUUUACAUGAAUUCCAGUGAAUUAUUUUUGACCAGAUUUUAAAGUCACUGGAAGAAAUAAAUAAAUGGUCAUUUUCAUUUAGCUUUAGAUGAAAAUUUCCAUAAAGCAAGUCCCCAAAUCAGAAACUCCAAAACAAAAUAUUAGUGAUAUAGGGGAAUGAAACUCACAACCUACUAGAUGUCUGAUAACGAGCUCAAGUUCUCUAAAAUUGAAGAAUGAAUUUUAGGAAUGGAGGUUAAGAGCAGACUAUAUUGAGAGAAAGAAAGAUAUCUGAGAGACAGAAGGGGUUCUAAGGGCAUUGCUAAACAUUGUCUUUUCUAGGGACUUUUAUAGCGCAAAACCACAAGGUGAGUGGGUCCAAGAUGGGGAAAACUGGGAACCCUCAAGGCAGAUGGAUAUGAUGUGGGACAGAACUAUAGUCAACCAGUACAGUUCAUUAUUCAGGUAAAGUUGACCAAAUCAGGGACAAAUGCGGAAGUGGAAACUGAGUCACAUAGCAAGCAGUCAUUCUUACAGAGCAGUGACUUCCUGUAGGGGGUUGGGAUGGUGGCUCCUGGCUUCAUCAAGGUGAUUAAUAUCUACUUAGAAUAUCAAUUCCUGAUGUUUGUACUUAGGGUAUGGUUGCAUUUGUUUUGCCUUUUGUCUUGAGAUCUGGCCCACAGAGGUGUCUGUUUCCAAAGGCACGAGACUUCUGGUCCUGUGUGCCUGCUACCUGGAGGGCCCGGCCCUGGCUUACUGUCUAUAAUAUUUCUGCCUAACUCAGCUGAUACCAUUAGGACUAGAUAAUUCAUUCCAUAAAUAAAGGAAUGCCCAGAGAAGGGUGGAUUAGCAAAAUCUAAGAUGGCAAUUGAGAAGAUAGCACCUCCCUGACAUCAGUCAAUGAGGAGAGGAAGAAGAGAGCUGUAGGCAGAAAGGUCACUGAUGUUUGGAUCAGUAGUGCCUAGCUUUGGUCAGAAAGCCAUUUCUGCAGAAUAAUCAUCAAACUUUCGCUUGUGCUGUAUUUCACAUCUCUCAGUCCUUUUACUUUGGAGGUCUGGAUGGUGGGCCUGUACUGCUAUCUCCAAAAGCAAACUUUCCUGGAUAAUCAAGAUGCUCAUAGGUGAAUUGACUUAUAAGACUAUAAAAGAACUUCAUUAGUCAUGGAUGUUAAAGUGCAGAGAUCAAAAAAUGUAGAAAUUUUCAUGAACUACAGGGAGAAAUAUCCAGCCUAUAUUGAUUCCUCCUGGCUUCAUCAUUUUAGAGUUGUACAAGUUAUUACUCUUGUAAACAUGUGCCCCACUAUUCCAGGAAAUAAGGUAAAAGAGCAACAUGGCUACCUGUUUGCUCAGACACAACUUAGUGCAGGACACAAAACUGUAUUCCUUCCCUUAGACAUAGGUAGAAAAGUCUCAAAUAGCCUUGUAUUAUUAGAUAAUGGCUAACAAACAGAAACUUAAUUGCCUCCACUUCUCCAUUCUGUGAAGCCACAUGGGACGUCUGUUAUCCAAUUCAAUACUUGUUGAGUAGAAUAACCAAGUAGAAACUGCCAGUCUUGGUGAAUCAUUCUUGUUUAAGAAAGUGGCCCUGCAAAAAUUUUGGAACAAACCAAUUUUUAAACUGCUGAAGUCAUGACAUACCAAUCCAUUGUAGGGAUGGGAAAUAGGCAGAAGUGGCUGGGGAUUUCCCUGCUACUCAUUACCUGGAUGAUUUGCAUUUGUUUCAUCAAGGAUUUGAAAACCAUUUUUUGUAUACACCAUAACUCUAUAACCAAUGUUUACAAGUGCUGGAUAUUCCUACUAAGAGUAGAAGCAGCCUUUAAACUAAUUGACUACUGUAAAGUACAUUUUCUGAGAAUUUGAACAAUUUAAACUUAUUUUAGACAUUGUCUAUAUAAUCCAAGCUGCUUUUGAUCUCAUGGCAGUCAUGCCAAAGUCUCUGACUGCUGUUUUUAUAUGGAUGAUAUAUUAACCUCCAAGUAAUCCAAAUUAUAUAAGGAAAAUAGUUAACCUCCUAAAUUGUUAGAUGGCCAAAAUGUGAAGUUUGUGUUCCCCCAAAUUGUAAAAAUAAUUCAGAGGAUCAAUGGAGUUGAAGACAUGGGACAUUUAUUGAAAGAAAAAUGCCUUAUGUCUAAAUGACACAGAAGGGGACCUGGAUAGUGGGUUGCCGACGACCCUAAUUCUUGGAAGAAGUUAUACAGGGCAAGAUCAUGAAGGUGGAUAUGAAAUCAUGAGGUGGGUAUGUGGUGGGACAAAACUAUGUUCAAGUCAUAAGAAUGUGAGCAUAGUCACUUAAUGUAAUAUUGAUUCAAUUGGGGAAGCAAAUCACACAACAAUAUACAUGGAAUGAACGGAAUUUUCCAGGAAGGGAUGGGCCAGGGAGGCUUUGGUCCCCCAUAGAAUAUCAGUCUUUACUAUUCAUUCUUCCUGAAAGUGUGUGGGUAUAAUUAUUUCCUUUACCCCGAGACUAACAGGCACCAAAUGUACCUCUUGCCAUAGCUGGAAUGUGUUUUUCACUAUGUGGUUCAGGUGGACUUAAACUCACUGUAGCCCAGGCUGACCUCAAACUAGCUGUGAUCCUCAUGCCUCAGCCUCCCGAGUGCUAGGAUUACAAGUGUGUGCCACCAUGUCCAUCAAUAUUUUUACCUAAUUUAGCUCUCUAUAAUACUAGGAUUACAGCUGUAACAAUGCAAAUUUCAAAAUAAAAAGAAUGCCCAGCCCAUGCUGUAUUGUAUAUGUCACAUUAUCUCAAUGUCUCUGAUUCUCAAGAGUCUUUAAAAUCCGAACAAAUUUAAAAGAAUGUAGUUGCAUCCCCUUUGUGUUCCUUAUUCUUUUUUAUAGACUUUUCAAAACUGAAAUUUUUUCUAAAUUCAAACACCUAAAGUAUAAUUCUGAUUGCCCUGCUCCAGCAAUGUACAUGAUUAAGCGGUGAGGAUAUCGUCAUCAUAUUGUUUGGCACAUGUUUUAAAAUCAUGUAAACAAAAACAUAUCUGCAUUAAUGUUUUUUUAAUUAGUGCUGUUAUUUUUUAAAUUCAUCCUGGUACCUGUGAAUGAUACACAAAGUAUAAUAAAUAUAUACACAUACCAUGCAUACUUUUAGAAGUUAUACUAUUGGCAUGCUUGUUGUACAUAUACUCAUAAGGAAUACUGAAUCUCAUAUUUGCCUGCCUAAAGGUAGGAUUCCUUUUUGGAGCAAGAUAAAAAAUGUACAUCUCAGAGCAGAGGACUUGCCUUAGUUAAAAAUCAGUUGAAAACUGAUUUUCCUGUUGUUACUUAUUGUAUGUUUUAGUCAGUUUGGAAGCUUUCCGCUAAAGUUUCAAAACUUACCUUGUGCUAAAAUUUAGCUAUAGUCAUAUUUCUCAAGGCAUGAGGUAUAAAAAAAUAAUAUUUCAAGACUAGUACUCUUCACUAAGAAAAACAAAGUCAGGUCAUCUGAUGUAUAAUUUCUUUAUUUUCUAUUAAGAAAUGGCGGGGAAAGGAAACAAUAGUCACUUUUCAGCAAACAGGUUUCAUAAAAUAUUCUGAAACUUAUGCUCAGUACCGUGUCAUUCAUCUGUUGGUGGGCAUCUGAACUGUUUUCAAGAUUUAACUCUUAACAAUUAUGCUGGUGUAAACAUGGAUGUGCAUAAGUCACUGUGCUCUGAUGCUUUGAACUCUUCAAGAGGAUAUAUAAAAAGGUCAAGUGGAAUGUCUAGUAUUAGGAUUUCUGAGGAAUUUUCAUUCUGAUUUCCCUAGUGGUUUUACCAGUUUACAUUGCCACCAGCAAUAGAGAAGUGUUACUUUUUCCCUGCAUCCUCACCGUCAUUAGUUGGUUGAUUUCUUGAUAAUAGCCAUUCUUCCUAGAGAGAGAUGAAAUGUCAUGAUUGUUUUAAUUUGCAUUUCUCCACUGACCAGUAACGUUGAAUAUUUUUAAAUGUAUGUAUUUGUUCUUCUUCAUCUGAGAAAUGUCUGCUCAUUUCACGUACCCAUGUUUACAGUAGGUCUUUAAAUUUGGGGGCUUUAAUUUUUCUUCUUUCUUUAUGUAUUGUGUGGAUAUUAGUCUUUUGUAUGAUGCGUAGCUGAUAAAAAAAUUCCCCCCAUUCUGUGGGUUGUCUCUUUACUUUGUUGGUGGUUUCUUUUGCUGUGCAAAAGCUUUUUUAAUUUGAUGUGCAUCUAGUUAUUUCUUCUUUGAGAGAUUUCUGGGGUGAUCUAGUUUUUGUUCAUAAAGUCUUCACCUACACCUAAGUCUUAGAGUUUUACCUAUUCUGUCUUCCAAUAGAUUAAGUGUUUCUGCUUGAAUAUUUAGAUCUGUGAUCAGUUUCAAUUUCAGUUUAUUGCAUGGUGAGAGAUAUGAUUCUUGGACUACGUUUUGGCAUGUAGAAAGCCAGUUUUUCCACCACAAUUUAUUAAAGAGCCUAUCUUUCUUCCAUUGAUGUUAUUUGGCUCCUUUGUGAAUGAUAAAUUAGCUAAACAUCUGCACUUUCUAAUCUGUUCCAUUCAUCCUCAGGUCUGUUUUCAUUUUUUUAAAUUUUGCUUUUGGUUUGAUUUUAGUUCUGUUUUAGUUCUUUUGUUCUUUGCACUACCAUGGGUUUGUUUUUUUGUUUGUACCAGGGAUUGAAGUCAUAGGCUCAUGUUUGCCAGGCGGGCACUUAUGUCACUGAGCUGAAUCCUCAGACCCUACCAUGCUAGUUUUAUCACCAUAACUUUGCAGUAUAAAUUCAAAUAGCAGAUUGUUAUAUUUUCUGCCUUCUCAUUGUUAUCCAGAAUUGAUUUUGGUCUUUUGUUUCUUCUGGUUGUGACAUUUGAAUUUUAGAAUUUUUUUUAUAGUACUGUGUUUUUAUAGUACUAUGUUAUUGUUACAUUGAUUUGGGUUGCAUUAAGUAUGCAUAACACUUUUAGAAUUAUGAACAUUUUCAUUACACAAUUUCUGUCUACAUAAAAACAGAAAACUUAUACAUUUCCUAAUAUGCUUACGGAUCCCCUGUAUCAGAGUAUUGUAGUUUUCAAUAUAUAGGUCUUCUAUUUCUUUUGUUUGAUUUAUUCCUAUUUUAUUUUUCUUCAUACGAUUGUGAAAGGUGAGGUUUCCACAAUUACCCUCAGUAAACUAUUGAAAUUUCCACUUUUUUUGGUAAAUACAUAUACAGUAUAUAAUAAGCAUAUUUUUCAGCUAUUUCUGCCCUUGUGUAACUUCUCUAUGAUCUUUUCAAUAAUGCCUAAGUCUUUCCUGUUACCAUUUUAUACAAGCAGUCUUUUUAUACUGCUCUUUGUUUUUUUUUUUUUUUUCCUGUUCGGUUGUCUCCGUGCCUUUUUAUGCAGUUUAACCAGUUGUUCAGUUGUCUUCAUGUAGAUAAUGCACUGAUUGUGUGUGUGUGUGUGUGUGUGUGUGUGUGUGUGUGUAUGUGUGUGUGGUACUAGGGAUCAAACUCAGGACCUCACCUUUGGUAAGGCAGGCACUUAAGCCACUGAGUUAAAUCCCCAGCCCUUCACUGAUAGUUUUGAAAUACUCUUUCUUUCAUUCAUAUUUUUUUUCAGUUUUUACUGUCCUCUUUCUCUGUAUUUCUUGAAGUUUUGGUGUAUUUGGCAUUGUUAUUUGUUGGAUAUAGUGAACAUUUGAUUACCCUAUGGAGAUAAAUGUCAAAAUCACAUCCUCUGUGUUUUUCAGUAUGAAAGGGGAUUCAUUUGCAUGGUUGGAACUGGAUACUUCACUUCCUAAGAAUAAUCUGGGUGUAGACAUAUCUGAGUUGUUUAGGCUUUGGGGAAGCACUGCUAUAAGCACCAGAAUUUUCAAAAUGCUUUUGUUUUCCCCAUCCCUCUUUCACAAGAUUGGAGACGUUUUUCUGUGGUUACCAUUGGCAGGAUCUAGCCAUGUUGUGGUCAUGACAUUCUCCAAAUUUUAAGAUGUUUGAACCCUGCCCCCGAGGAGUUUUUGCUUUUUAAAUUUCUCUUAUUCUUUUUCAUCAGGACGCUGAACAUAUUUCUAACAUCUUCAGUUGCUGAGAUUCAUCAGAGUAACUUACGUUGCUGGCAUUCUUCCUCUUUGUUCUACAGUUUAGGCUUCCAGGGUUUCAAUUUAUUUUCAGUCAUUGUUGUAUUUUUCGGACAGGGUCUUGCUCUGCAGUGCUGGCUGCUCUAGAGCUCACUUGUUUAGCCCAGGCUGUACUGGACUCUGGCCAUCAUCCUACUUGUGAAGGGUUUUGUAUUUUAAGUUAGCUUCCACAUUCAUUAUUGAGAAAGAAACUUUUAUGCCUUUUCUUUGAAAUGGGAAAUGAAGUGUGUGUUGUCUUUCUUUGUUUGAUUUCCUGUUACCUUAUUUAGCCCACAAGGCUCAUUCCAUUUUGUCCCACUUGAAGACAAUAUAGUCAAAAGCAUAGGGGAUUACAAGAUUGGAUCUGACAGAUAUUUUGACACCCCAGUAUUCACCCUGUGUGAGGAAUUUCUUGGGUACAUUCCCUGUUGAUUUUUAUAACCUCUCAGCCCCACCUCUUUACUUCAUUCUGUCAGAAUACUUUGUAUAAGAUAGAGUUCUCCCUAAUUUUUCUGAGUCCUAAAUUACGUGAAUAAUAUUCCUUUGCAUGUCCCCAUUAUUCUUUAAUCACCUUGAGCAUUCAUCUUCUCUGAGUUUCUAACCUGCACUCUAUCUGAAGCCCAGUGAUAUUUUCUAUGAUCUAUCAGAGAAAUUCCUCAGAUACUCAUCUUCCACAGUUUUUGUUUUGUUUUAAGGUUUGAGUCAGAUGUUGUAGGCUCACUGUGUAUCUUAGUUACUUUAUGCUCGUCGCUGAGUCAAAAUACCUGAAGCCCAAAGUUGGGAAAGGAAAGGUUUAUUUUUUACAGUUUUUGGAGAUUUCAGUCCAUACUCAGUUGGCUCCAAGGCAGGCGGGUAUGGCUGGACUGCAGUUCAUGGCAGCUGCCAACAGCAAGCUCGAACCAGCAAAGAGCAAGACACAGCUUCUUCCUGCCAUUACAUCACAUCCUGGCUCCACCCCUAUGUGGGUGGCACAUUGACACCAUCAAUCCAAGCACUAGACAAUGAACGAAUAACAAAUGCACAAUUCAAACUCAUGAGGCCUGGGGGACACAGAUAUAAACCAUGACACUGUGUAAAUUGUGCUUGAGACAAAGUAUACAAAUUAAACUAGAAAUAACAAAUAAAAGAACCAGUGAUCCUUUUCUGUGGUAGCAGUGAAUGCUAACACAGUAUCAAGAUUCUUGUGUGAGAUGUACAUAUGGAAGGAGAAUAGUUGUUUAAUGACCAAAAAAAAAAAAGAUAUGGCUUCAUUUCAGAUGUUUUUUCUAAAAGAUUAUGGUGAAAAAAAAAGUUUCAAAACAAAAUAAUAGUAGAAUAAUACUAGAUAAUAAGUUGUGUAUUGUUAUCUUCAAAGUAAUUAUUCAGAGUACAAGAUAUGUGCAUAGAAAUUUUCCAAAUGAUAUUAAUGCAAAUUUUUCUUUUCAAUGAACUAAGGAAAGCAUAUUGUGUAACUGACUUGUAUUUUUUUCCAUUCCCUUCCUACCUUCCUCCGGUUACCCACUGUUGUAGUCAGGGGUUGGGAGGAGAACAGUUAGAAUCAUUACAUGGAAUUUAUAAUAUUAUUUAUGAUGGUCACCCAGAGUUAAGACAAGUGGCUGCAGGAAAUCUAUCCACAACACCAAAGACAUAGAAUAUUCAACCAAGGGCCUGAAUCCCACAACAAUGUCCUGCAUGAGUCCAGAAGAAGUCCUAGAGCUCAUGACUAUGCCUCCUACAAGUCCAACUAGAGGUCUAGAACCCACAAGAAGGAUUCAUGCCAGUCUCUUGUAUGGAUGGGAAGGCCCAAAGGUGAGUAGUGGAAGCCAGAAAGUCUUAGGCCAACCAGGUGAAGGAGCUGUGCUGGUAGGUUGAGGGUUCUAUGCUGGAGCCAGAAGUCACACUCAAAACAAAGACCAGGGCUGUCCUGAAAAGCAGCACAGCCAUCCUCAGUGACACAUGAAAGGUUUGGCCUAGACAGGACACUGUAGCCAGGAAAGCCACAACCGGAAGCAGGAAGCCCCAUCUUGCCCUGCCCCUAGGAAGUUACCUGUGAUGCCAUCUUCCCACCCCUGGGAAUUUACAUAUGGCGCCAAACCUAGGACCAAUGGGCUACCUGUGUAUCCCUAAUGCCCGCCUUAGGUUCCACCCCAAACCGAGGCUAUUUACAGGCCCCCACGCCGCGUGUCCGCCGGAGAGAUUGCCGGACGCCAGCGGUGGGGUUGCCGGUCAUCUCUCUCCGUGUUCUCAGAAUAAAGGCCGCUUUUUAUUUUAUAUUUCUCAUCUUUUGUUAAUAUUUUUCAUCUUUUGGAAAUAACUCUAUCAUUUGGUGCCGUGACUCGGAUCGGCAGGCAACUGACUCUUGGGCCACAUACCCAGAGUUUCCUCGCCGAUAACCAGAUAACAUCCUGGAUUAAUCCCGAGCUUUUUCCUCUCCCAAGACGUUCCUGUCGCCAGCCGCCUGCACUCCACAUCGGCCAGACUGAUUUCAGGUGAGCACUCCCCGGGGAACUUUUCGCACUGGGCAGCCCCAGUGGAAUGUUCUCCCCGUCUGCGUGGGUCUGUGCAUUUUCACGUCCUUAGGACCGCCCAGGGCAGGGUUCUUUCUGGGCAAACCUGCGCCCACAAAAUCUCUCACGUUCUUUGGGUUCGGAUAGCCCAAAGCAGAGAUUUUUGGGACCGCCCACACUGAAAGAAUGCCUCACUUCCCUUAAAGCCUUGCGCUUUCACGGGCAAAACUGUUACUGACCCCACGUAGACUCCAUUCGUAAAUCUCUCAGUGACGACUGGAGUUUACGGUUUGGAACCGUAGUCGCCGCGUGGUACCACAAAUAAGUGACGACUUUUUCUGGACCUCCGGUUUUUUUUCUUGCCUGAAUCAGUCAUGGGGAACGUAUUUUCUAACUCCCAAAAGACGCCUUUAAAAUGCCUAAUUUCCAAUUUACGUACUCUAAAAAUUAAAGGUACCAUAAAAACUAAACAACUAACUUUUUACUGCCAGGAGGUCUGGCCAACCUACCCGCUUAUUGGCAAGCCUUGGCCUCGGCAAGGAACAUUUGACCCCUGCAUUCUCAGGAACUUGUACGAUUUUUGUCAAGCUGGCAACAAGUUAUUAGAACUCCCUUAUGUCCAAGCCUUUCUUAUUCUGAGAACACGCCCAUCUCUCAUUAAGUCUUGUGCUCCAGCUGAGAUACUUUUAGCUAAGUCUACUGCACCGCAAACUUUUCCGUCCUGCUCUCCGUUUUCCCAGCCGCCGCCUGCCUACCACCAAACUCGUUCCCUGCCGUUACCUCCCGCCAGACCACUCUCUUCUUCCCCUAUGCCUGAUUCUCUCAGCAGCUCUAAUCCCUCUUCAUUGCAGAUACCUCCCACUGUACGAUCGUCUCCCUCUCCGCCUUCCAGGACCCAUAACUCUCCCAGCAGCUCUAAUCCCUCUGUGUCGCAGUUAUCUCCCGAUGUUCCAUCCUCUCCCCCGCCUUCUCCUGGGACCCAUAACUCUCCCAGCGGCUCUGAUCCCUCUGUUAGUGCUUCCUCUCAGUCUCCGACUUCUCCUGAGAAUUCUGUAACCCACCAUACUAGGUCUUGGUCACUAUGUCCUUCCAGCAGGUCGCGUGAUUGUUCCAGCUUGCGCGGGGAACAGUCGCCAUGUUACAACCCUCUGCCACAUGGCAUGGCGCCGCCAUGUUCCGGAGGGCCACAUGGCGACAGGGCGCCACCAUGUUUCAGGCCACGUGACAGGGCGCCGCCAUGUUCCCAGGCGCCGCCAUGUUUUGGGUCACGUGACAGGGCGCUGCCAUGUUUCCAGGGCCUUCACUGUCAACAGGCGUCUCCUUGUGGCUCCUCUUGUGAACUACAACAGCCGCCCUGUUGCAGUGCACAUGAUGCUUCAUUGUGCUGCCGACAGCAGUCCUCUAGCUGCAAGGCACACAGUGAGACGCCAUCUGCUCGUGUUUCCCAGGGUGACCGGCAGCAGCUCUAUAGCCGCUCUACAGAUGAUUGCUCACAUGCGCCUACCGGAAGGAUGGCUGCUCAAUGGCCCUCUGCUCUGGAAUCUUCUCCUCAGGCUCUGCUUCCACUUCGGGAGCAAGCUGGCCCCGAGGGGCUUGUUAACAUCCAUGUGCCUUUUUCCCUUUCUGAUCUAUACCAGAUUACCCUUAAAUUAGGUAGCCUCUCUGUUGACCCACAGAAUUAUAUCAAGCAAUUUAAAUUUAUUACUAAUUGUUAUGAUUUACAUUUUAAGGACGUUUAUAAUGACUCUGGGCCUAUAGCUGUGCCAGAGCAGGACAAGCAUACUAACUAUAACAAACUUUUAAAACAGGUCCAGGAAGCUAAUCAAAACCCAGCUGUGUUCCUAAAUUGGCUUUCUAAUCCUCGCACCCUGCAAGCAGUUCCAGCUUUGCGCGCUGUGUCGGGCCGCCUCCCAGCCCCUCCCCCAUGCGCCGUCCCAGCCCCUCCCUCCCCUGUGCAUCGCCGUCGCCGCCGCUGCCACCUUACACGUUUCCGGGGGCAGUCCGAGCCCGCCCCUGCGCGCUACAUCCCAGCGCUUGCCCCACCCACUGGGCGUGCUCUGCCGGAGCACCGUGAAACAGCAGCUCAGCGGCUCUGCUCAGGCAUGCUUUUUUUUACAAUUUGGCUCCACUCAAAAGAUGCUUUUUUAUUACAAUUCUCAAACCAUUUAAUCAAAGUCACUGGCCACCUGAUAAUUUUACCAGCCUUGUUUAUCAAUCAAAGCUUUCACCAACCUCCUGUUUAACAACUAAGGUUAUAAAUUCCUUUUGCUGGGAGCCACUAGCUCUAUUUCAAGACAAGGGUUUUCUUCAAAGUUUUAUUUUAUUUGUCUUGGUUCAUACUACUGCAAAUAACAACUUUAAAAGUAAAUGUGUUCAGAAUUUGACAGUAUUAGAUCAGUUUUGAUUUAUUCAUAAGAUUGAUAAACCUUUACUGCAAAAUGUUUCCAUUAAAGCCUUGUUUGGCAGACUAAAGCUUUGUUAAUUCUACGUGUCACCCUAUAAAAAAAAGGCGAUAUGCCAUCCAGAUAAAGCCUGCUGUCUAAUGUCAAUGCCAAUUAAAUUCCUGCAUACUUACUUAAUUCUACUAUAGUCCAAAUCCCAAACAAAAAGGCAAAACUUGACCUUCAAACCUUAGAGAGAUCUUAAUAUGGUUUUUCAUAUUUUUAAUACUUGUGACACUUGGAGUUCUGAGACAGGUAAACCUACACAAGGUGGAGCUGCCUGCCCCCUCCAUGGACCAUGCUCAAAUGCAGCAGAAGAUACUGGACAAGAAAAUGCCCCAUCCUGGCAUUCUUUGAGACCUUACUCCAGGGCUACUGGACUGUCCUAGCCACCAGAGAGUGGGUAAGCCAUCCUAAGUUCUAGCCCUCAUAGGAAAUGUCGACACUACCAGAUUCGUCACCGACAGAAAAUCGCUGCUGGAGGCUGAGGGGGUUCAGGGCAACAACAUCCCCCUUUAAGGUGUCCGUCUCAGAUUCCAAGUUGCACUAAAGUCUCAGGUAAGACAUUCUCUAUAUUUGUGGACAUAGAGGCCAUAUAUACAGAGGUCUUACUGAGUAUUCAGGCUGCUAUAUUAAGUCCUCAAUCUCUAUGAUGGGGUAUUGAUGGUCAACCUAUGCCAUUUAUAAACAGGGCCUAUUUUGUGCAGGUCCCAGUCCUAAAUCUUAAAAUGCCUUUUAUACAGGCUGACUUAGACACACUGAGGCCUCAACAGCUCCUACCUGUUGUUGCUGGUAGACCCUUCCUCAGUGAUAUAGACCACCCCCCUCCUAUUUUAUUCACCAAUUUCUCAGGUAACCCUGGUCAAGACUGACAGAUACAUUUUGUCUUCUCACUUUGUUUAUACUUUUUCAGGAGACAUAAAAGCCUUUCUCAUACUUGCUAAAGUUCUGUUACAGCAAAUCAUUCCAAGGACUACAACCAGGAUACAGCGAUCCAUGCCCAAAUCAAAGUUGCUGGACUGCCAUCCUGGUUUCACAUCGCUCAGGCUAAGAGGUGCCCUUCCAGCCCUAAAUCUGAUCAUUCUGAGUGGUCAUCUCAUCUUCUGUCGCCUACCCAUCUACAUCUCACAAAGGCCUCACAGCCACAGUUAACAGGCUAAGUCAUGUUUUGUUAUCCAAUUUGGUUCCUAAUUUCUUACAUUCUAUUAAUGAUCAUUUUUACAGCAGGACUCUUUAACAGUAUUGCCUACAGACUCCAACAUCAUGCAUACCAGAGACAAGCCUUACCAACCUACUGUCUUAACUUUUAUGCUUUCAGAUGGGGGAGUAAUCACCUCUCAUAACUCCACUCCUCCUAACCCCAUGUUUAAUUUUCAGAAUUCUGCCUUACUGUGGAAAUGCUUCUACCUCAACAUGAUCCUGAUAGAAUGAUAUGUCUAAAUCAAAGGCACCUUUCCUUCUACCUCACCUGGGUCCUUAAAUAUGACAGUGCCAUGUCUCCUCAUAACAUCUUGUCUCUUUGUUUUUCCAGUCUGACAUACGUGCAUUCACCAGUGAAGCUGUCCUGGCUAAAACACCUGGCAGCAGCAUCUACCUGGGCAUCAACCUUCAUCCCGUCGACUCCCCUAGGCUCCAGUACAGUGCCCUUUGCCAGCAGGAAGUAGUUAAAGAGAGAAAUCUUCGCCCCUUUUCAUAAUAAUAACCAUAAGACGGGAUAUGAAAGGUUUGGCCUAGACAGGACACUGUAGCCAGGAAAGCCACAACCGGAAGCAGGAAGCCCCAUCUUGCCCUGCCCCUAGGAAGUUACCUGUGAUGCCAUCUUCCCACCCCUGGGAAUUUACAUAUGGCGCCAAACCUAGGACCAAUGGGCUACCUGUGUAUCCCUAAUGCCCGCCUUAGGUUCCACCCCAAACCGAGGCUAUUUACAGGCCCCCACGCCGCGUGUCCGCCGGAGAGAUUGCCGGACGCCAGCGGUAGGGUGCCGGUCAUCUCUCUCCGUGUUCUCAGAAUAAAGGCCGCUUUUUAUUUUAUAUUUCUCAUCUUUUGUUAAUAUUUUUCAUCUUUUGGAAAUAACUCUAUCAACACAGAGGCCCAGAGCUCCUCUGAUGAUAAGCACAGUCGAAUACAUGCCAGGAAGCCAGAGUGAGUUCAUCCUGGAGGCCAAGCGGCACACGUCUUCCUCUCCGGAACCAGGAAGCAAUGCUGGAUGUGAGGACCACAGCUUCUCCGGCAGAACCAACGGCUCAAACAGCAGCACGUGGCAGGACCCACAAAUACCUCAACGCCUUAACCCCUCCCUUCUCCUUCUCCACAUCUCUAUUUAUGCUGGCCACUUUCCUCAGGUGAAACAUCUGUGCUCAGCACCAUGGUGAUUUAAUUCCGCUGGCAUUAAGUUAACCACCAGUUUUUAAUCUGUAACACCCACCCGUGUUCCACUUUACUUUUGAACAAUUCCAUCCCAUUUCACAAUAUCUUUUGUGCAUUUUGGACCUUAUUUACUGCUUCAGUUUCUCACAUCAGGGGAAAAAUGUGGUGUUUACACAUGUGACUCUGAUUUAUUUUACUUAUGAGUAUGGUGUCCAGUUGCAGCCAUUUACCAAUAAAUGGCUAAAGUUUAGCCUUUGUGGCUGAAAUUUGACCUUUAUGGCUAAGUAAGACUUCGUUGCCUAAAAAGACCACAGCGUUUUUAUCUGUUCCUCUGUCAAUGGGUAUCUGAGUUGUUUCCAAGAUUUAGCUAUUAUGAGUUGUGCUGUUAUAAACAUGGGUGUAUGUAUAUCACUGUGGCUUGAUGUUUUUAACUCCUUUUGUAAGGCAACCAUAAAAGGAAAAAAUAGGUAAUACUACUUUCUGAGGAACCUCAAUAUGAACUUCCACAGUGGAUGGACCAGUCUACACUCCCACCAGCAGUGGGGAAAUGUCGUGUCUCCCCCCACCCCACGUCCCUCUGGCAAUUGUUUUUGGUUGAUUUCAUGAUGAUAGCCAUUCUAAAAAAAAAAAAAAAAAAAGGUAAUCGUCAUUCCUUCUAGAGUAAGAUGGAAUCUCAAUUUUGUUUUAAUUUGUGUCUUUUGAAGGACCAGUGAUAUUGAACAUUUCGUCAUAUAUUUAUUUGCCAUUUGUAUUUCUUCAUCUGAGAAGUGUGUAUUCAUUUCAGAUGCCUAUUUUUGGAUUGAGUCAUUGAAUUUGUGGAGAUCUGAUUUUUAAGAAAUUAUUUCUAUAUUCUAGAUAGAAACAAAAGUCCAUUUUGUGAGGUACAACUGGCUUUUUUUUUUUUUUUUUUUUUUGCCACAACUGGCUAAGUUGUCUUUUCACUCUUGGUGAUUUCUCUUAUUGUCUUAAAACUUUUUCUUAAGAUGCCCACCCAAUUGUUGAUUCUUUGUAGUAUUUCUCAUCUAAUCUGGAUUUUGUUCAUGAAGUCUGUGUUUAACACCUAUGUCUUUGCCGGGCAUGGUGGCUCAUGCCUGUAAUCCCAGCACUCGGAAGGCUGAGGCAGAAAAUGCCACCUUUUUUUAAAUCCAUUCCUCAGUUGAUAGGCAUUUAGAUUGUUUCCAAGAUCUGGUUAUUAUGAAUUGUGCUGCUAUAAACAGGGGUGCACAUAUAUCACUGUGGUAUUAUGUUUUCAGUUCUUCUGGGAAUAUGCUGGGUCUGGAAUAACUGGGCCAAAUGGGACUUCCACUCCCAGCUAUUUGAGGAACCUCCAACCUGACAAGAGAGAGAAAUAAAAGGAGUAAGUAUAGGAAAAGAAGAAGUUAAAUUACCAUUAUUUGCAUGAGACGCUCGCUACACAGAAGACCCCCAAACUCCAUUAAAAUACUCCCAGGUAUAAUAACUAAAUUCAGUAAUGUAGCUGGAUACAAAGGCAACAUUCAAAAAUCAAUAGCAUUCCUAUAUACAAACAGCAAAAUCACUGAGAGAGAAAUAAGAGAAGCCACACCCUUACAAUAGAAUCCAAAAAAACUGAAAUACUUAGGAAUCAAUCUAAUGAAAGAAGUAAAAGAUCUAUGAAAGGCAAAUUAUAAUACCCUGAAAAAAGCAAUUAAGGAGGACCUCAGAAAAUGCAAAGACAUCCUUUGUUCAUGGAUAGGAAGAACAAAUAUUGUGAAAAUGGCCAUUCUCCCAAAAUUGUGCUGAUUUAAUGCAGUCGCAAUCAAAAUACCACUAGCAUACCUCACAGGUCUAGAGAAACCAUUUCUAAAAUUCAUCUGGAACCAGAAGAGACCUAGAAUAGCAAAGGCAAUUCUGAGCAACAAAGGCAAGGCAGGAGGCAUCACAAUCCUUGACUUGAAGUUCUACUAUAAAGCUACUGUAAUAAAAUCAUCAUGGUACUGGAAUAAAAACAGACCUAAAGAUUAAUGGAAUAGAUUAGAAGAUACAACCACAACUACAAACACACUCGGCUACCUUAUCUUUGAUAAAGGGGCCAAACAUAUUUACUGGAAAAAAGAUAGUCUCUUCAAUAAAUUGGAUUUCCAUAUGCCAAAAACUAAAACUAAACCCAUGCCUAUCACAAUGUACUAAACUAAAGUGAAAAUGAAUCAAAGAUCUAAAUAUUAAGAAACACAAAAUCUGCUAGAAGACAAAGUAGGUAGAGAUCUUGAGGACAUAGGGGUGGUUAGAGAAUUCGUGAAUAAGAAUCAAAUGGGAAAUACUUCCCAGAAUCAAUAACUGAGAUCACAUCUUAUUAAAAAGUUUUUGCAUGUUGAAAGAACUGUCUGGCAUAGUGAAAAGAAAACCCACAAAUUGGGAAAAAAUCUUAGUGAACUGUCCCUCAGACAAAGGACUUCUAUCUAGAACAUAUGAAGAAUUUUUUAAAAAAUCAAAUCCCCAAAAUUCAAAGACCCAAUCCAAAAAUGGGCAUCUGAGAAUAAUACACAGUUCUCAGCUGAAGAAGUACAAAUGGCGAAGAAGAUGAAAAAAUGUUCAACUACAUUGGUCAGUAGAGAAAUGCAAAUUAAAACCACACUGAAAUUCCAUCUUACUCCAGAAAGAAUGACCAGGAUAAAGAAAACUACCGACAAAAAAUGCUGGAGAGGCUGUGGGGAAAAAGAAACUCUUCUGCACUGUUAGUGGGAGUGCAGACUAGUAUAACUACUAAGGGUAUUUUUACUGGAACUUUACUAAACCUAUAGUACACUUUUGGGAGCAUGACCAUUUCCUUUUUUAAUUUUUAAUUUUUUUGGGUACCAAGAAUCAAAAUCAGGACCUUAAGCUUGCAGGCAGUUGCGUAUACUCCUGAAGUGUAUCACUGGCCUUGUAUGGCCAUUUUUACUCAGUGGUUUAUUCCUAUCCAUGAGAAUGGGAUAUGUUUCCACAUUCUGACAUCCUCUUUAAUCUCAUUUUUCAGAGUAUUGUGGUUUUUAAUGUAAAAGCUCUUUUGCUUCCUUUGUUAGAUUAAUUCCAGUAUUUCAUUUUUGGGGGAUACUGUAGUGAAAGAUGUGAUUUCCAUAAUUUCUCUUGUAGUUUGUUGUUUGUGUGUAGGAAAGCUAUUGAUUUUUCACUCUUGACUUUUUAUCCAGCUACAAUACUGUUUGAUUAUUAAAUCUACAAAUCUUUUGGUAGAGCAUUGGGUUUCUUUAUGUAGUAUAUCAUGUCAUACACAAAUUAUUAACCUUUUAACUUCUUUCUUUCCUAUUCUCAUUCCUUUUAUUUCUUUCUCUUGUCUAAUUGCUCUGGUCAAUCUCUCCAGAAGUAUAUUAAACAGCAGUGGUAACAUUGGACAUCUUUGUCUUGUUUAUGAUUUUAAGAUGAAAGCUUUCAGUUUGUGACCAUGUAGUAUAAUAUUAACAGUUGGUUGUAAUAGAGGACUAUCAUCAGAUUGAGAUAAAGAAAAUCUAUUCCAGUUUUCAGCAGGGUUUUUAUCAUAAGUGUAUGUUGGAUUUUGUCAAAUGUUUUUCUGCAUCUAUUGAGAUGAUCAUGUGAACUUUUUUGUCUUUGUCCAUUUUAAUAAUUGUGUAUCACACUUAUGAAUUGUUUGUUGAGCCACCCUUGAAUACCUGGGAUAAUCCCUAGUUUAACAUAGUGUGUAAUCUUCUUGAUGAUUUGUUGCAUUCUGCCAAUAUCUUAUUGAGAACUUUUUGCUUUUAUGUUCAUUAAGGACAUUGGCUUGUGGUUUCCUUUUUUGGUUUCAUCCUUAUCUGGUUUUGGUAUCAGGGUAAUACUUUCUUCCAGGGAUGAAUUUGGAAGUGUUACUUCACUUUCAGUUUCCUGAAAAAGUGUCAGCAUUAGUGGCAUUAGUUUUUCUCUAAAGUUUUUAUUAAAAUCAACUGUGAAUCCAUUAGGGCUUGUCCUUUUCAUUGUUGGUAAAUUUUAAAUUUCAUUUUAAUUUUAUUGACUGAUGUGAGUUAUUUCAAAUUUUUGUAUCUUUUUGAAUCGGUUUUGGGAAUUCAUGUGGUUCUAGGUAUCUAUCUGUCUGUUUCUUUUGUGUUUUACAUCUUAUACUACUACGGGUUUUUGAGUUAAUAUUGAUCUGGAUUUCUGCAGGAAGCACUGUGAUUUUCCCCUUUUGAUUUCUAAUUUUAGUUUUUGUUUUUUUGGUUUUUUUUUUUUUUUUUUUUUUUGUCUUUUUCCUUUUUAUCGGUACCGGGGAUCGAACUCACGACUGCCUGCUUGCAAGGCAGGUGCUUAUGCCACUGAGCUAAAUCUCCAGCCCAUUGAUUGCUAAUUGAUAGAGUCUUUUCUGUUUUUAUGAGGUAGGAUAAGGGGUUAUCAACUUAGUUAACUCUUUGAUUAACUUCAUUGAUUUUUUUUCAGUCUUUACAUCAGUAUUUGCUGUCAUUUUAUAAUUUCCUCUUUCCUAUGAGUUUUGGCUUUGAUUUGUGUUUUUACUACAAGUUUGAGGUUCAACAUUAUGUUAUUUAUUUGAGCUUGUUCUGUUUUGCUAAUGUGAGAAUUCAUUGCUAUAAAUUAAAAGAUAGCAGGAUAUAUUAUAGCAACUUUUUUGUUUUCCUAUUAACUUUAUUUGAACCCCUGUAUUGCUCGCACCAUCUUGUUUUAACUGAUUUUACUCUAUUCUGUUUUGUUUGAUAGAAUCAAGUUCGAGGGUAUAGGCAACUACUUUGAAGGCAAUAAGAUUCACUAUGAUGCCCAUUCUGGUUUGACUAUUAUCUUCUUUUGAAGUCCUGUAAGGUCUCCAAUGUUUAGGUUUUAUUAGUUUUGUUCUGUACUGUUUUGUUCAAUUUUAUUGUACCUGAUGAUACAGGCAACAAUUUUUAAGAUAGCAAGAGGCAUUAUGGUAACCAUUGUUGAUCACUUGGUAUUCUGUUUUUACAUCAUGUACUAUGUCCAUCCUUUUGUUUUGACUGACUCCAUUUUGGUUUUGUCACAUUUGGUUUUAUUCUUUUCAAAAAAAGUAAUAAGAACUGUGGGAGUAAUAAAACCCCAAAUGUGUAAAUGUUAUUGUAAAAAAGAGAGGAAAAGAAAGUGCUCUAAAGGACACAAUUGCAAGUGUGUUUAGGUAUGUAAGAUAGAUGACCAUAUUACUAAAUUUUUAUUGGAUCAUUGAACACAACUGUUUGCAAUCUCAUUGUUUGAAUGUCCACUUUAUAUGCUUUAAUUUUGUAAUUUGAACAACUAUUUCUAAGAUGACAAUGUGUAAUCUAUUAACUAGUGAUUUCUUACAGUUUAUUUUUUUUGAAAUUCUGUAUUACUUUUACCCUUUUACUGUUUUGUUUGGUUUUGUUCUCUUUAAAUAAAAAAAUUAAAAAUU